UGAAACGCUAGAUUAAGCAUCAAUGCGAUGCUACCUUGGCAGCGGCUUAGUCGAUUGAGGCACCAAUGCCAAGAAGUACACUUCGUAAACAAGAUCAGGGACCAUCACUUAGAUCUGACAGGUAAUUCGCAUAAUAGCUCUUGAUUAGGAAUCAGAAGCCGCAUGAUGGAUGUUCCUAUAGCAGAGAUUGGUGGAAGCGAGCUUAUAAAAGACGCUCAAAGAGGUGGCAUCCAAGGGAAUAGAUUGGCUUCAGCGAACUCGAAGAACUACCAGUAACGAGAGUAGAUCAACGUUUUCUUAGAACGUGAGAAGAAAAGUCAUGUAGAUACUUACUUAGGGAUAGUACUUAGAUAAAGAAGAGGAACGAGAGAUGAAACGCCCUUUCUUUUACCCAUGACUUAAAAGUUUGGGGCAGGCACCAACCAUAAGGUACCUACCUUUUUCAAUAUCCAGACUCGUUGCGCGGAAGGCGCUGAGCUCGUAUCAUGUUUAUCUUUGGGCUACAAAUUAACACCAUGUCAAUGAUGUCCUCCCCUCAACGCUUGAUCACCUGCAAAUGCAUUUCAGCGACUCACAAGAGACUUGCAGGUUGUGCUCUCCGAAGCUUGGCCUAGAUGACACCUCGUCGCAAUCGCCAUCAUUCGAAUGGCCAACAUGAGAUCCGGCACAGGGUCUCGGCAACUCCAAAAUUUUACUCCCUAGAUGUCGAAUCGAACAGACUUGACACAGUUCAGGCUUGGCUGAGCCAGGUUCAUGAUUAUGCAAGUCACAAAGAUUCAGAACCGCAUUUCACGCAAGACAUGGACGACGAUUACACACCAAACUGGAAGCCUCACAAUAUCUCUGUUGUACCGAUAUCUCGAAAUUAUCACCAGUUUCGUCACUCUGGAAACCGAGCCUUGGAUCAACGACUCACUUCCCCAAAAUCUGGUUUACUCGAAAACGACACAUACUCAGAAUUGCAACAGGAGCCUUCUCUUGACAUAGGGUCUAACAAAGAGAAUGGAAAGAGAUCUCGUUCACGUUUUACGCAGGAUUCUCAUGAAGACAGAUCCAACAAAAGGUUGUUCGAGAGACAACCAAGAAGGAAAACACGCCCAGACCGGUAUACUUCCAAAGACGCGGGGGUAAAGAGGGAUCCCACGACCGAGAGCGAAGAAAAGAGGGAUCCCACGACCGAGAGCGAAGAAAAGAGGCCAAGAAAAAAGUCACGCUCAAAAAAGCAAGAGAUUAGAGCGAGUCGAGAUAUUAUGAACAAUUUUGCAUCUGGUGCCAUCCCAAACACCAGAGUGACGAUGAGGCCUAAUCUUACUGCUGGACUCUUCCUGAACGGUCGAUCCUCAACAUACGGACGGGGGGCUGACAUUACAUUCAACGAUAUGACGCUUAUUGAAACAUGCGGUGAAAAAGGAAAAGCAGACAAGAUUCCUCAACAUAGUACAAGUGAGAAUUCUAGCGGCCAAGAUGAUGUUUCAAAUAGCGGCCAUAUUUCGCGGAGCGCCACGGAACUCCCCAGAACCACAACAAAUGAUGAAGAGGGAGAAGUACAAAGCCUUGUGGAUGAUGGUUCCCAAGAGAAUCAACAGAAUAAUAUUCAAAAGGAGGGGUCUGAGGCUCAUAGUGGCUCUGUAUCAUCGACAGAAACCACUCAAGCAUCUGGCUAUGAGACCCCUGAAGCGAUGCUGAAGAGACUUAUCGAGACAGGCAUCUUCGAUGGCACAGGUAUUUUUAAAACAACUUCCCAUAGGACUAUGGAGCCAAAUAUUGAAUAUCACGAUUGCCUCGGCAUGAAUGGUACAGAACAAUCAAGCAAGAAUCCGACAUAUCAGGAUAAGGGGGUAAUGGCCGACCGCAGCAGGCAGUCAACUCUCGGACCAAACAUACAAGCUGUCACAAACAAUACACAAUUCGAUCUUAAUGUUGGCGCAAAAGAUGCACCAGUGCCAACUAAAGCACCGCGCUCCCAAUAUGAACAGGAAUUGCUAGUUCCGAUUUGCAGCACCUCUACACAAGUUCGACCUCCAAAUCUGCCAACGUCGGUAAUUGAAAAUAAUACACACAAUAUUCCUGAGGAACCAUGCGUUAAACAACCCCAAGGUACGAAGAGUACCUCUACUACUAAUAGUCGGGGUCACCCGCUAUCUCGAAUCUCAGAAAGAGGCCACCGUUAUACCGAGCAAAAUGAUCGGCCAGGGCUUAUGUUUCCAAACCUCAUAGCGGAGGAUUUCAAUGUUGAGCACUUAUACCACCAAGACUCCACAGAAAACAACGAAUCUCAGUCGAAGGGUUUGUUCGUUCGCCGAGGACUGCAGUCCCAUGAUAACAUGAUACCAAUUUCAGGGUCUCCAGGCUUUCAACAUGCAUGCCGGCCACUUAAUGGGCAUAUUAGCAGUGCAGGACUCGAUUCGGCCGUCUUCCCAACAGUGCACUCAGAGACCUACUCGGACCACCGAGAGAUACAGCAUGAUAACAGGCAACUUACACAGCCAGGCUACUGCGAGGACGGUGAGACAAUUCACGAAUUCAUCAAACGGAUCGAAGGCGAGGUAAGUAUGAAAUGGGACAACUCGCAGCAGUCUGUUGGUGUUGGCUGCAUUAACGAUAUAGAGGAAUGUGCCAAAAGCGAGUCGUUCGAAAUGGACAACAACGAGGAUUUAUCGCAAUGCAGCGAUAUAGAGCAUGAUGCAGCAAUCCAGUCGAGCUUACACGGCAUAUUCUCGAGCUCUGAUCAAGGGUCUGUAUCGGCGAACCAAGCUAUGGCAGAAGAUUGGGAACACUCAGGUUAUGAACAAAGUCGAUACUGGACAGGAAAAUAUUACGAUGAGCAUGGAGUCUCAGAUGCGAAAAUGGUUGGUUUCUGGAGGCCUAAUCACUUUUAG